GAAAUCGAUAUUUGUUUAGUACUCCGAGUUUUCUGCAGCAUUUUUGCGUGAAAAGUUGUUUUGAUUUGAUUUUUUAAAAGAGCCAAACCCACUUAAAAUGGGUACAAAGCGUCGCAACAUCGAGGAUGAGCUCUCACGCUUCGAGGCGGAGAUCUCGAAGCCUCCCGCCCGCAAUCUCUUCGUGCCCAACCAGGUGCGCCCGAUCAUAGCCGCCAAUACGUACCACAACUCGCAGCACAAGCUGCAGCAUCACCAGGGCAAUGGAGGAUCGCGUCUGACCGUACCCCCGCCGCCGAUGCCGCCUCCACCCACCUUUAUGUCCACCUUCGUGCCUACGGGCAGUGGAGGUGGCUCUUCCAAGGCGAUGUCUGCCACUCCCGUAGUCCUGAGCAGCGCCCCCAAACUGUAUCAGUGCCGGCAGUCUGUGCACGUGCCCACCGUGGCCGCCGCGCCCUCCAUCGACAUCAACGCCGUCUCUUUUGACGUAACGCAGAAGCUGAAGAAGCUCAAGGCGGAAAAGUCUGGACCCAAUCCCAUUGCAGAGGAGGCCAUUAAGGCAGCGCGCGCAUCAUCGGCGCUGCAAUCUUUCCAGACAACAGAGCGGAAGAAGAAGGACCGCAAGACGGUGCGUAUCGCUGGCGGCACCGUGUGGGAGGAUACUUCGCUGGCUGACUGGCCCGACGAUGACUUCCGCAUCUUUUGUGGUGACUUGGGAAACGACGUCAACGAUGAGGUUUUGACACGGACCUUCAACAAGUUCCCCUCGUUCCAGCGGGCCCGUGUGGUGCGGGACAAGCGCACGGGCAAGAGCAAGGGAUUUGGCUUCGUGAGCUUCAGAGAACCGGCCGACUUUAUACGGGCCAUGAAGGAGAUGGACGGUCGCUAUGUGGGCAGCCGGCCUAUCAAGCUGCGCAAGAGCACGUGGCGACAACGCAGUCUUGACGUAGUUAAGAAAAAGGAGCGCGAAAAACAGGUGCUGCUGCAGGCGUUCAAUUCCAUGACCUGAAUCUGAGUGUGCAUAUCGUGUCCUUUAGGCUAGUUUCGGUCACUUUGAUGUAGCAAAUUAGAUUUGGACGUUGCUGCCAAAGAUGAGCAAUAAAUUUACGUUUAGCAAUUGA